AUGCUGCCCCAAGCUCCGCCCACAACCAGCAGUUUGAACCUGGUGACCUCCGAAGUGCCCAUCGACGUCUCAGACCACGGGAUCGACAUGGCCGACCUGGUGGAGAGUCUGGACGCGGGAGAACUGGACUUUGAAGAUGGGGAAGAGACAGAUUAUGAUGGGAACACCCUAGGGGACAGUCGCAUUCCUUUCUCUGCCAUUUACGCCUUAGUGGGAUUCAAAGAGGCCAACGCCAAAGUGUACGUGCCGGCGGUGCCCAUCACGGCUCGCAUCCUGGAGGUGGAACGCUUCACUGCAGCACAGGACCGCUUCAACGCAUCCAACCAGCGCAGUGUCAACAAGUCGUUACCUGCGGUGUUUAAAAUCGAGCUCCGGCACGGGGAGUUCACAUGGGUGGUGAAGAGGAAAGAGAAACAUUUCAUGGAGCUUCACCGCGAGCUCCGGACGUACAAGACCUUCAUGCGGAUCCCUCUGCCUUCCAGAAGCCACACGGUGAGGAGGAGGACGGUGAGGAAGAGCGAGGUGCGAGAGAUGCCAGUUCUGCCCAAAGGAGGAGGGGAUGAGCUGGUGCGCGACGAGCAAGUCUCCAGCAGAAGGAGACAGUUAGAAGACUAUUUGAACAAGCUGCUGAAGAUGGCAAUGUACCGCAAAUACCACCAUACUUGCAGUAAAUGGAGGCCAGCUAGUCUGAACUCCAACGACAACAUUUCUAUCUAA